UUCGCAUGUUCUGGCAGAUAGGAUAUAUAUAUUAAACUAGUACACUAUAACCCGAGUUUCUUGCUAAUGUUCACGUCUCAGAGUUCAGAAGUGCAGAGAAGAAAGAAAACACAGUGCAUGUAACAGAGACGAUUGAAGUGACAGAAAGAAACAAAGAGAGGUAAAGGUUGAAAUAAGAUGAAUAACUCUGUUUCAGAUCAAGGUUUCUUCAUUGAAAGCGAUGAUGAAGAUACGGAUAAGGAGAUGAGCAAAGAAGAAAAUGAUGGAAAUGAUUCAGAUUAUUUCCAUGACUCCAAUGACAACCUGGUUCAGAGGAAACCCAGUUCUUACAGCAUAGCAUGGCCUCAAAGUUACAGGCAAUCCAUUGAUCUAUAUGGUAGCGUGCCAUCACCAAACAUAGGAUUUUUGGGCACCCCAUCAUUGUCGAAUUUAGGCAGUUCUUUUCUUUCUUCAUCCUUAACAAGGAGGCACACUCAAGACUUCUUGCCAUCACAACAGAAGCCUCUGUUACCACCGACGGCGGUAGAGGAGCAAUAUCGACGUAGCUCUCAGGCGUUGCUCCCUCCCCUUCCAUCUAGGAAGCCUUCCAUUAGGAAGGAUGUUUCCAAGGUUUCUCAUGAAGUUCAAAUUCCUGGCCAAUGCACUUUUGGACAAGCUGUGCUUAAUGGCAUAAAUGCCCUUUGUGGAAUAGGAAUCCUUUCAACCCCUUAUGCCCUUAGAGAAGGUGGAUGGGCUUCACUUUCAAUCUUGUUAGUAUUUGCUGUUUUCUCAUUUUAUACCGGGUUGCUCUUGCGGCAUUGUUUGGAUAGUGAACCUGGGCUUGAGACAUACCCUGACAUUGGCCAAGCUGCUUUUGGUACUACUGGGCGUGUUAUCAUCUCAAUAAUAUUGUACAUGGAAUUAUAUGCUUGUUGCAUUGAAUACAUAAUCGUAGAGAGCGACAACUUGUCUACAUUAUUUCCUGAUGCACACUUAAGUAUUGGUGGAAUUGAGCUGAAUGCACACAUUCUGUUUGCAAUCUUGACCACCUUGGCUCUUCUGCCCACUGUUUGGCUCCGUGACAUGCGUAUACUGAGUUACAUCUCAGCUUGUGGAGUUAUUGCAACGAUUUUAGUGGUUCUUUCCUUGUUCUGGGUUGGCUUGCUAGACAACGUUGACUUCGAUCCCAAAGGAACAACAACACUCAAUAUUGCAACUUUUCCGGUUGCCAUUGGUCUAUAUGGUUACUGUUAUGCAGGACAUGCUGUAUUCCCAAACCUCUACACAGCCAUGGCAAAUCGAAACCAAUUCCCUGCAGUCCUCUUGACAUGUUUUGCUAUUUGUUCAACUAUGUAUUGUGCUGUAGCUGUUAUGGGAUACGGCAUGUUUGGAGAAUCAACACUCUCUCAGUUUACUCUUAAUAUGCCCCGAAACUUGGUAGCCUCAAAGAUUGCUGUGUGGACUACGGUGAUUAAUCCAUUUACCAAAUAUGCUUUGAGUCUAUCUCCAGUUGCAAUGUGUCUUGAGGAGCUGAUACCAUCAAACCAUUCCAAAUUUAACUUAUAUUCCAUGGGCAUCAGAACAGUUCUUGUAGUUUCUACACUACUUGUUGGUCUUUCAGUUCCCUUUUUCGGUUUGGUGAUGUCCUUGAUUGGAUCUUUACUCACAAUGUUUGUUUCUUUGAUUCUUCCCGCUGCUUGUUUCCUAAGCAUAAGGGGUGGCAAAAUCUCGCGCUUUCAGGUAGCACUUUGUACUACAAUUAUUAUAGUAGGUACUGUAUGUUGUGGUUUGGGAUCAUACUCAGCCAUCUCGGAGAUUAUUAAGCAGUUGUUUGGAUGAAGUUUUGUGCCUAAAAUCCUGGAAUGUGAGAUGUCUGGCAUUAUGUAGCCAGAGUGCAAUUCAUCUACUGUUCUAUAUGUUUUUAUUUCUCAUCCCAAAUUUUGGAUCAAUAUUUCGCUCAGUGACAACCCCACUUGGCUACUGCCUACUGCUAUUUGUGGGUUUCCUGGUUUUGUUACUCAAGUUUUGUCAUAUUUGAAUACAGUCGGUUUGGUUAUUCAUACCAAGUGGCAGAGACCCAGUUUGAACAUUUUGAGGAGAGAUGACGAAUUUUUUUGUUAAGGGAGAGUUUUGCCGUCUAUAGUGAUCCUAUUUAACUCGAACAUAAUUGUCUCUGUGGAGGACCUUUGUGGUUCAAACCAUUUUUUUAUUAAGGGGAUAAUUUAUAGAGUUUUGGAGAAUGAUCAAGAAUCUUCAGUGACAAUUUCAAGAGUCGCUAACUAUGUAGCAUUUAUAUGAGGAGUCGUUGAAUGCAUUUGUGCAUUUGAGUAGGAUUUUUGUGUAAGACCAUAGUUUAAUCAAUCUUAUCCCCUCCCCUCGCUCCUCUUGACAAUUUCCUGGCUAUCAAUACAUUGUUGCUACUCUUGUUAGGUGUAGCUUAUACUA